UGUUCAUUGACCUAAUACGACCUUGUGUUCGUCAGUGUUCGAUAUAUCAGCUGCUCGUCAAAAGUUCGUUAGCUCGGCAAAAGUAUAAAUAAUAAAAACUACCAAAACUUUUAAAGUAUUUUUUGUUUACUGUUCAGUAAAAAAGACAAAACAAUAAUAAAGUUGACAAGUGUGAACGUGUAUCAGUUGUUUGAAAAUAGAAUCCCUGCGUUCGUGAAAAUGACGACUCCUCGGGAAAACGAUUUUUGCAGAUUAAUUUUUCCUACGAGUGAUGCAGAAUUAGGUGAUAUUACGGACGAUGAAGAUUUCGAGUUGAGAAUAUCUGAUACUUCUGAUGACGAUGACAACGUCACAGAGUAUGAUGUGAAUAAGAAUGUGCUGAGCCAGAGUGAACUGUCGAAGGAUUUGAAUCGUUUGAUAUAUGUGAGCAACCGAGAACUCGGUCAAGAUAUUAUAGUAACUUCGCAAUAUUGUUCCUGUUCAACAAACGAUACAAUUCACAAUAGACUUUAUAAGAUAUUACAUAGAUUAUUGAACGCAAAAGUUGUGAUACAAAAGCUUCCCGAGUCUGUGAUUCAACAGUAUUGCUCUGACAGUAACAAAACUGUAAAAAAGUGUAAUAACAAAGAUGUCCAAGGUGGAGAAAAAUAUUGGCGCUACUGUUUAUUAUGUGACCAAAGAACCGAAGGAUCAUCUUUAAAACAAUGCCAAAAUUGCCAAAGAAAUAUUUCAUACGAUUGUAAAAAGUGCAACAAACGAUUGACGACAUUCUCUGGGAUCAUAUGUCAUUUGCGAACCAUUUGUGACUUUCAGGGAUAUAAUUAUUGUACUGAAUGUGAUUACAAACAUGCAAUGAAAGCUAAAAUUAAUUUUCAUAUGAAAAACAAACAUCCGAACGUGCAUAUUAGGAAUAUCAAACGUCAAAGAAAAAUAAGAUAGAAGAAAUUGUUAAAGGUGAUUUUAAAAGGUACAAUUUUAAAUAACGUGUAUUUUAACUAAUGACUACAGUUGUUUAAUCAAAGAUGAAAGCAACGGCUAUUCAAUGCUCUAUGAAAUAUUAUGAAGAAAUUCGCGUUAACUUCCUUGAUAUUUUAAAAAUCGGAUAUUUUAAAUAACGGAUUUUAAAAAUGUGAUACAAACGAAUCAGCGUAGUGUAGUUGUUUGAAAUGUGGUGAAAUUAGUACAUUACGAUACAAGUGUAGUACAUAGAAAGCAGAUUGUUGUCUCGUCUGGCGUUUACUCGAAAAAAUACACGAGACGAAAACCCGCACAUGUACCGUACCGUAUUUUUUGAUACGACUUGCGGAAAGUGCGGUGUUCAUCGCACGUUUUCUGCCGAGCGUGCGGAUUAAACGAGAAUCUACUUUCCCGCACUUGUAUCGUAAUUAGUACAUAAUUUGUGUUUUACUGUGAUUGUUGAUUAAUUGAAGAAUACAAGACUUCCAUUGGAUUUUUAACAACUCUGAUUGAAGUAUAUAGAUACGUGUAAUUAUAUUCAUGACUUGUUCAAUUUGUAAAAUUAGUUCCAUAAUAAUAAUUGACCUAUGCUGUUAUUUACAUACAUUUUGUAAUUUUUAUCAUUUCGAAAGUGUCCAACGAAGUUAAUAAUAUUUUAUGAAGAAUUUAUUACGUAAUUGUUAUUGUUAUGAAACGAUCAGCCUGCUGUAGAAAAUACCUUUCAAUACAUAGCAUUCGACAUUUUAUAUUCAGUACUUUCAAAGUUGUUUAUAAAUUUUUCGAAAGGAAUGUUCGAGAAAUGAUAUUUGA